AGGCCCUUAAGGGUUCCGGAUAUCUGUGGUGACAUUUUCUGCGCGGUACAGCAGCAUGUGUCCACGACUACUACCCACAGCUCUGCUACUCCUAGUUUCCUCUGGCAUUCAAGCUGGUUUCCAAAAAGCUGUGGUGACCCUAGACCCUGAAUGGGUCAGGGUACUCAAGGACGACAAUGUGACCCUCAGGUGCCAGGCCACCUACUCCCCUGAGGACAAUUCUACCAAGUGGUUCCAUAAUGGAAGCCUCAUCCCACACCAGCACGCCACCUAUGUCAUUAGCAUGGCCGAAGUGAAAGACAGUGGAGAAUACAAGUGUCAGACAGCCCUCUCGACCCGCAGUGACCCGGUGAACCUAGAAGUCCAUAUAGGCUGGCUGUUGCUUCAAACCACUCAGCGGCCUGAAUUCCAGAAGGGGGACCCCAUCCGGCUGAACUGCCACAGCUGGAGAAACAAACGUGUACAUAAGGUUACCUAUUUACAGAACGGCAAAGGCAAGAAGUAUUUCCAUCAGAAUUCUGAACUAUACAUUCCAAACGCUACACAAAAUCACAGUGGCUCCUACUUCUGCAGGGGGCUAAUUGGACUAAAUAACAAGUCUUCAGAGGCCUUGAGAAUCAUUGUAAGAGAUCCGACAUCAUCAUCCACCUCUCCGCCGCCGUGGCCUCAGAUCACUUUUUGCCUGCUGACAGGACUCUUGUUUGCAAUAGACACAGUGCUGUAUUUCUCUGUGCAGAGGGGUCUUCGGAGGUCAGUGGCAGACUAUGAGGAGCCUGAUUUGCACUGGAGCAAGGAACCCGAGGACAAGACCCUCUCUGAGGAAAAGAAAAGCUUCAGAUCUUCGAGAGCCGACAGUGAAGCCCCAGUGGGUACGUAGCUGCCCUCCGGAGAAGUGACGCUUCUGAGUUUUACACAUUUUCUGUCCCAAGCAUUCCCUCAUAGCGA